ACAUAAGUAAACUACACUGCUGUCCAGGCGUCCAGCACCACCCCCGAGGUCGAAUUGAAAAAGAUACACCAGAUCGGCAAAACUGCACGGACGUGCUGCGCCUCCUGACCUCCCACACGCCUCCCGUCUUCCUCCUCCGAUCCGGCUGCUUGCAGCUGCGCUGCGCAUUCAUUCAUGUGUUCUCCGUAAUAUAACAUUGCUCCCUCCACGGAUUUCUCCUCCUGAUUCGAGAAACCGCUUGCCCCUUCGUGCCUGUGAUAGUAGAGCACUGUCUAGAAAGAAGAUGGACAUAGAGUACCAUGAGGAGCACGUGAGCAACCCGAGGGGCGUGCAGCUCUUCACCUGCCGGUGGCUGCCGGCGUCAUCCCCGCCCAAGGCGCUCGUCUUCCUCUGCCAUGGUUACGGCGCGGAUUGCGGCGAGUUUAUGAGAGAUACGAUAGCAUAAUGUCACGUCACCUGUUCAAGGUUCAAACCUUCUAGCUUAAGCUUAGACGAACUCUUUGGCAAAGAUAGUAAACAUGAACCACAAUUGGAAGAUACUUUUGGGUUUUGACAGUGAAGGCUGAUGAUGGCAGUGCCAUACCUUUUAGAAUGUGGGAUCAAGAUGGCCACAGCAGGGUAUGGUGUGUUCGGGAUGGAUUAUGAGGGCCACGGCAAGUCCAUGGGUACCAGAUGCUACAUCCAGAAGUUCGACAACCUUGUGGCUGACUGUGACCAGUUCUUCAAAUCCAUCUGUGACAUGGAGGAUUACAGAACCAAAAGCCGGUUCCUGUACGGCGAGUCCAUGGGUGGAGCCGUCACUCUGCUGCUGCAUAGGAAGGAUCCAACAUUCUGGGACGGAGCAGUUCUUGUCGCACCAAUGUGCAAGAUAUCAGAGAAGGUGAAACCGCACCCUGUUGUGGUCACCCUCCUGACCAAGCUGGAGGAGAUCAUCCCCAAAUGGAAGAUCGUCCCGACCAAAGAUAUCAUUGACUCCACAUUCAAGGAUCCCAUCAAGCGCGAAAAGAUCAGGAAGAGCAAGCUCAUCUACCAAGACAAGCCCCGGCUGAAGACUGCGUUGGAGCUGGUCAGAACCAGCAAGGAUGUAGAAGACAAUUUGUCAGAGGUGAGGAUGCCAUUCUUUGUUCUCCACGGCGAGGCAGACACAGUGACCGACCCGGAGGUCAGCCGUGCCCUCUAUGAGCGCUCAGCUAGCACCGACAAGACCUUCAAGCUCUACCCGGGGAUGUGGCAUGGUCUCACCGCCGGUGAGCCUGACGAAAAUGUGGAGCUGGUGUUCUCUGACAUUCACGCGUGGCUCGACCAGCGCAGUCGCCAUUGGGAACCUGAAGAACGGGUCAGAACUCCACUGGAGCCUGAGAAAAUCGCCCAUGUCACCAGCAGCAAUGGCGCGGAGAGUUGGGUGCCAGAUUCGGCACAUCGUCAGCCUCAGCAUGGCUGCAGCUUCCUCUGCGGGAUCGGUGGUCAACCAAACCAGCAGCAUUGUAAGAUGUAGAUAUCCAGAACAAUACGUUCAUGAUUCUGCAGCUUGAAAGCAUAUAGAUCCAUAAUUUUGUUAUGAGGACUAAUGACUUUACGAUCAUGAUUAACACGCACUAGUAAAAAGGAACAUUGAAGUCCCAGAGA